ACGGCAGGAAGGGACAGAAGAGAGGAGGCUAUUUUUACAAGAUUAAGGGUGGGACACAGCCAGUUGAAUAAGACACUAAGCGUGAUAGGAAAGCAUUCAUCAGGAAAAUGUGAUUAUUGUCAGGAAAUAGAGUCUGUGGAGCAUGUAUUGCUACAGUGUGGGCAGUAUCAGAGGGAAAGAGAGAGGAUGAGAUUAAGUAUGAGGGAGAAGGGUAUACAGAAAAUUAGUUUAAAGAGUAUAUUAGAUAUAGUAUCACAUAUUUUGUUGUCUUUUUUAAGAGAAACUGGGUUGGCAGCUAGGAUUUAGUUUAUCCCUGUCUCUGGCCCACACUCCAGUACGGUAGGUGGCAGUAAUGCACCAUAACGUUGGAUGCCAACCGCCGAUAAACCCCACUGAAGAAGAAGAACACUUUCUCGUGUUAGGGAAUUGUUUUGAUUGUGGAUGUCAGAUUUCAUGGGGGAAAAAACGUUGUUUAUUCUCUAAGCUUUCUCGGUCAUUUCUCUGAAGUCAACGUCAGCAAUAUAUGUUAUUUGUCAGUAGUGUCUUGUAGAGUUAUAGCCAGCUAACGCUAGCUAAUUAGCUUAUGCAUCUCACAGCGGGUAACGUUAGCUAGCUAAUAUUAACUAUCAGUCUAGCUGGAUGAGUAGCUAGCCUAGCAUUGUUAGCUUGUUUGCAGCGACGCAGGCUAACAAAGCAUUCUUUAUCCAAAACGGCUAGCUAAUAUUUACGUUACUUUGUAUCUACCUACCUACCACAGCUGUGGUCCUUCUUUACAGCGUAUUUAUUCGCUCUGGAUAAGAGCGUCUGCUAAAUGACAUAAAUGUAAAUGUAAUUUACAGCUAGCUAGCUAACUACCACGUUUUCUUGCCUAGAAUUGCUAGCUAGCCAACAAAAUGGGUUAGGUUGUGGUGUUGACCAAACGAAGCUCUCAGUUACUGGAGUUAUUGAACGUGAUUUCUAAACUUCCAGUCAUAACCAGACACCCCAGUUGAACCGGAAGUCUCUAGCUAACAGAUGGUUUAUCCAGCUAACAUUAGGUAGUUAGCAUUGCUGCAAUUCAAUCAGGGAUCUCCCAAUAACGUCAUGCAAUGGUGCUAAGAAGGUUACUGAGAAAACGUUGGGUGCUAGGUGUGGUGUUUGGACUGUCUUUGAUCUACUUCCUAACCAGCACCCUGAAACAGAUGUGUUGUGUUAUGCAGGAGGAGAGAACCAUACGGGAUCGUAACCUGUUGGAGGCCAGGGACCCGGACCACCCGAUCCCAUGGAAAGUCAGGUUCAACCUGGGCAACAGUAGCAGGCAGAUCAUUCAGUGCCGGAACUCCAUUCAGGGAAAAACGCUGCUCACAGAUGAACUGGGUUAUGUGUGUGAGAGAAACGAUCUGCUGGUGAAUGGUUGCUGUAAUGUCAACGCCCCCAGCUCAAGACAGUACAUCUGUAAAAGCUGUCUGGCCAACGGCUGCUGCAACAUCUACGAGCACUGUGUGUCCUGCUGCCUCCAGCCUGAUAAGCAACCUCUUCUAGAGAGUUUCCUGAACCGAGCUGCAGAUGGCUUCCAGAACCUAUUCACAGCCGUGGAGGACCACUUUGAGUUGUGUUUAGCCAAGUGUCGGACUUCAUCGCAGAGUGUCCAACAUGAAAAUACCUACAGAAAUCCACAAGCAAAAUACUGUUAUGGAGAAAGUCCACCUGAACUCCUGCCAAUAUGAUUGUUUGGUACCUACAAGACUGUAUAGAAACUAAUAACGGUCCUCUGGGACCUACAAGUCUAUAUAUAAACUAAUAACGGUCCUCUGGGACCUACAAGACUGUAUAGAAACUAAUAACGGUCCUCUGGGACCUACAAGACUGUAUAGAAACUAAUAACGGUCCUCUGGGACCUAUGAGACUGUAUAGAAACUAAUAACGGUCCCCUGGGACCUAUGAGACUGUAUAGAAACUAAUAACGGUCCUCUGGGACCUACAAGACUGUAUAGAAACUAAUAACGGUCCUCUGGGACCUAUGAGACUGUAUAGAAACUAAUAACGGUCCUCUGGGACCUAUGAGACUGUAUAGAAACUAAUAACGGUCCUCUGGGACCUACAAGACUGUAUAGAAACUAAUAACGGUCCUCUGGGACCUACGAGACUGUAUAGAAACUAAUAACGGUCCUCUGGGACCUACAAGACUGUAUAGAAACUAAUAACGGUCCCCUGGGACCUAUGAGACUGUAUAGAAACUAAUAACGGUCCUCUGGGACCUACAAGACUGUAUAGAAACUAAUAACGGUCCUCUGGGACCUACGAGACUGUAUAGAAACUAAUAACGGUCCUCUGGGACCUACAAGACUGUAUAGAAACUAAUAACGGUCCCCUGGGACCUAUGAGACUGUAUAGAAACUAAUAACGGUCCUCUGGGACCUAUGAGACUGUAUAGAAACUAAUAACGGUCCUCUGGGACCUACAAGACUGUAUAGAAACUAAUAACGGUCCUCUGGGACCUAUGAGACUGUAUAGAAACUAAUAACGGUCCUCUGGGACCUAUGAGACUGUAUAGAAACUAAUAACGGUCCUCUGGGACCUACAAGACUGUAUAGAAACGAAUAACUGUUCCUCUGGGACUUACGAGAAUGUAAAGAAAUGGUCCAACUAAAAGCCAAGAGACACACCUUGAUGCUCCUUGGGAAGACGGGAUUCCCCUUCAUCUUGUGUCGACAUAAUGGCCUUAAUGUCUGACACCAUACGGUGCUUAACAGAUGGGAGCCACCAAGAACACCAAACCCAUAUUCUGUAUAGAGGGGAUUUGGCCAACUUUGACUGACAAUAACGGAUGCCUUUUGAUAAUGUGAGUAAUAGUCUCUACAUAUGGCUCUGAAGAACACUAUCGUAACCUCACAACAAUGGACAAAUACUGUAUGUGAUUUAACUAUAUUAUUUACACUUCAUAAGUGCAUAGCUUCAUAACUUCAUCAGUGAUGAUCAUCAGGUCUCAUUCGCUCAUUAUACCAGUUAGGAUUCACCUCAUGCUGCCAUUGUUCCACAUUAUGGUUGUGUUCAUUAGGGCACGCAACAGAACAUUCUUAAAAACGUUUCGAAAUAGAUUUUUUCUUUAUUUUUUAUUGGUAAAAUCCAUCCCUGUUUUAGUCUGUUCUUCUGUUUGGUGCCAAAUGAACACGACCCAUGUUAUAAAGGUCUGUAUUUAAAGCCUGGCGAUGUACUGAAGGAUGAUAUCGGUUGUUUUGUCCUUAUUGUUGAAAAUCAAAACAAACUAUAAAGAAUGUCAUUACUUUUGUGUGUAGUCGUGCAUGCAUAUUGACUGACUGGUUAUUUAAUAAAGUGACUGAAAGUAAUCGGCUCACGGUUUACAUUACGCAGACCCUUUCAGAAUAAUUCUCAGUAUUGCAUUAAAUAUUUUUAUAAAUAAAUUAUGUAUUUCACUAAUUUCACUAUGAAAGCAUUCUAUAUUAUGAAUAAAGUAAUAAUACAUACAAUAAAGUAAUAAUUUAUAAUAAAUAAACACUGCUGGCACCCGC